UAAUCAAACUUAGAAAUCCGAAGCCAAGUUAUUUUCCGGUAUCUAGGGUUUAGUUUUCUGUCUAUCACUCCAGCAGGAAGAGGAAUCUCUUAUACUUUCACCAAUUUCAUCACUUUCUCUCUCUCUUCCUGUUCGGAGCUUCCACCAUAGCCAUGGCGAACCAAGCACCAGCACCAAUUCGAUCGUUUCUGCAAGCUGCUGUGAAGCCGGAGGAAGCUCCUCUUCCUCUUCGUGUUGUUCAGAUUGAGGGCCUGGCAAUACUAAAGAUAAUUAAACAUUGCAAGGACUUCUCUCCAGCUUUAGUCACUGGACAACUUCUUGGUUUGGAUGUCGGCAGUGUCCUUGAAGUUACCAACUGCUUUCCCUUUCCGAUAAGAGAAGAGGAUGAAGAGCUCGAGGCUGAGGGUGCUAAUUAUCAACUUGAAAUGAUGAGGUGUUUGAGAGAGGUUAAUGUGGACAAUAACACUGUUGGAUGGUACCAGUCAACCUUGUUGGGGUCAUAUCAAACUGUGGAACUGAUUGAGACCUUCAUGAAUUAUCAGGAAAAUAUAAGACGUUGCGUCUGCAUUAUCUAUGAUCCAUCGAAGUCAAAUCAAGGUGUCCUUGCUCUCAAGGCAUUGAAGCUUUCUGAUUCUUUUAUGGAGCUAUACCGCAGCAAUAAUUUUACCGGAGAGAAGUUGAGGGAGAAGAACUUGACAUGGGUGGAUAUUUUUGAAGAAAUUCCCAUUAAAGUCUCAAACUCGCCUCUUAUAAGUGCUGUCAUGACAGAGCUGGAAACUGACUCACCGGUUACCCAGUGUGAUUAUGAUCGCCUGCAAUUAGCUACGACUCCAUACAUGGAGAGAAAUUUGGAAUUUUUGGUCGAGUGCAUGGAUGAUUUGUCAAUGGAAAAUCAGAAGUUCCAAUUCUAUUACCGGAACCUCUCCCGCCAACAAGCUCAGCAGCAAGCAUGGCUUCAGAAAAGAAGGGCGGAGAAUAUGACCCGUAAAGCUGCUGGAGAAGAGCCUUUACCUGAGGAGGAUCCUUCCAAUCCAAUCUUUAAGCCACUUCCCGAGCCAUCUCGACUGGACAGUUUCCUUAUAACAAAUCAAAUUGGCAAUUACUGCAACCAAAUUAAUGGGGUUGCGGGACAGAAUUUCAGUAGACUAUAUUUGACCAAGGCAUUGCAUGAAAAUUGAUGCGUGGAAGCUUGGUGAGCCUCUCCCACAGAACCUCACAAAUACAUAUUUGCUGUCUGAAAAUGCUGUCCUUUACGGAAUAUUAUCAUAUGGGAGUUGGUAUUAAUUUUGGAGGAAUGAUGAUUUGUAGACUAGUUCAUUUUUGUCUGACCAUAUUUUUGGUGCCCUUUUCAGAUUUAGUUAUGUUUGUAUUACACUUAAGGUUGAUAGGAUCAUUGCUUGAAUCUGGAAUGUAUAACAAAUUAACAAGGGAGUGAGAUUGGCAGCAAUGCUGGCUCCUUUCCUUUUUCAUGUGGGUUCUUUAUUUUAUAAUGUGUACUUUUUUUACAA